AUGAACAAUGUGUGCUCCACACCAGGAGGUGGGGUCAACAGACGCGGGGUGGGUCAACCAAGAGUGGGUGUGGUCAACCAGGAGUGGGAAAAUUUCUGUGCUGCCAUGACUGUAGUAAUUGGAUUUGAGGGCAGUGCCAAUAAGAUCGGCAUCGGAUCCAUCAGGGAUGGUGAAGUGCUUUCCAACCCUAGAGGGACCUACAUCCACCCUCCUGGUCAAGGCUUCAUGCCGAGCGACACCUCCAGGCACCACCGUGCUGUCAUACUGACUGUCCUGAAGGAAGCGCUGGAGCGGGGGCUGAAGCCUGCAGACAUCGACUGUGUGGCGUACACCAAAGGUCCUGGUAUGGGUGCCCCCUUGGUAACAGUGGCUCUGGUGGCCCGUACAGUCGCACAGCUUUGGGGAAAGCCGCUCCUCGGUGUCAACCACUGUAUCGGACACAUUGAGAUGGGCCGACUCAUCACAAAAGCCAACAACCCCACUGUGCUUUAUGUUAGUGGAGGAAACACACAGGUUAUUGCGUACUCAGAGCGGCGGUACAGAAUAUUUGGGGAGACCAUCGACAUCGCCGUUGGCAACUGUUUGGACAGGUUCGCUCGUGUUAUAAAGAUUUCCAAUGACCCCAGUCCAGGCUACAACAUAGAGCAGAUGGCCAAAAAAGGGAGUCAGUACGUGGAGCUGCCAUAUACAGUAAAAGGAAUGGAUGUCUCAUUUUCUGGUAUUUUGUCCUACAUUGAGGAGGUUUCUCAUAAGAUGCUGAGCUCUGGUCAGUGUGCAGCAGAGGACCUGUGUUUCUCCCUGCAGGAGAUCUAUUUCUCAAUGUUGGUGGAGAUCACAGAGAGGGCCAUGGCUCACUGCGGCUCCCAGGAGGUUCCUCAUCGGUCGGGGGUUUUGGCCUUGUAAGUAUCAGCAAUCCAGUGAUUUGGAUGUAACCUGCGUCUGCAGGAGAUGAUGGGGGUGAUGUGUAAGGAGAGAGGAGCCAAACUGUUUGCCACAGAUGAAAGGUUCUGCAUAGACAACGGAGCAAUGAUCGCUCAAGCCGGCUGGGAGAUGUUCAGGUCUGGACAGGUGACGGAGCUGGAGGACUCGUGGAUUACACAAAGGUACAGAACAGAUGAGGUGGAGGUGACGUGGAGAGACUGAUGGACUCAGCCACAUGUUGCAGCAGGUCUGUUAGAGCUCCUGAAGAGACACUGAAUUCUGGGAAAAUUAAGAAUUCAAGAGUUUGUUUUGAGUUUUUCUGUCUGAAUUACAGUUUAAAGCCGCAAAUAAAGUUUCUGUACCCGCUAA